CUGGGCUGUCUCAGGAUGUUGCACCACGACGGUCAUUUCCUGCCCAGCAAGCGGCCACCAAGCCCACCCGAGCUCCGUGCCCAGAGCGCAAGAGCUGCGGAGGCGAGAGGAUCCCCCCGCUCCCGACCAGCCCCUGCUCAGCCGCCGGCUGCCCAGUUCAGUGCCCUCCCUUUCCCUGCAGCCACCAGGAUGGCCGAGGUGACCACAGGCCCCAUGGAGACACGCACUGUCCCGAGCGAGUACGAGGACUACCACAACCUGACCGAGCUGUUCCACCUCAUCAACCACACCUACACCUACUGCGAGUUCAGCCUGGAUGAGAACAUCAAGAGGGUGAUUCUCUUCAUCCUCUACCUGGUCAUCUUCGUGGUGGGCUUGGUGGAGAACCUCCUGGUCAUCUGGGUCAACUGGCAGACACGGGGCAGCAAGAACUUGGUCAACCUGUACAUCAUCAACAUGGCCAUCGCUGACCUGGGGGUGCUGCUCUCGCUGCCCAUCUGGAUGCUGGAGGUGAUGCUGGAUUACACCUGGCUCUGGGGCAGCUUCCUCUGCCGCUUCACCCACUACUUCUACUUCGCCAACAUGUAUGCCAGCAUCUUCUUCCUCACCUGUCUGAGCGUGGAUCGCUACGUGACCCUCACCAGCUCCUCCCUCUUCUGGCACCGGCACCAGCACCGCGUGCGCUGCGUGGUCUGCGCCUGCAGCUGGGUCCUGGCCGCCACCAUCCCCGUCCUGGAGGUGGCUCACAUGCAGCUGGUCCACACCGUGGAGCCCAUCUGCAUCUUCAUGGCCCCUUUUGAGACCUACGACGAGUGGGCUCUGGCGGUCAGCUUGGCCACCACCACCAUCGGUUUCCUGAUCCCGUUCCCCAUCCUCGCGGUGUUCAACGCGCUGACGGCGCGCUUCAUCCGGCGCACCAAGCCCGAGAGCCGCAAGCACUGCCUGCUCAUCUACGCCUACAUCGGGGUGUUCCUGCUCAGCUGGCUGCCCUUCCACGUCGUGCUGACGCUGCUCACCCUCGAGGGCAACCACAUCGUCCUGGACUGCACCUUCGCCCAGUUCCUCUACUUCUUCUACGACAUCAUCGACUGCUUCACGCUGCUCCACUGCGUCGUCAACCCCAUCCUCUACAACUUCCUCAGCAAGAAUUUCCGCAGCCAACUCGUCUCUGCCGUGGUCAAGUACAUCCCGAAGGACCACCGUGGUCAGCAGGGCGCCGGCAACUCCUCCAGCACGCAGCACUCCAUAGUGAUCGCAAAGGACAACAGCCCUCCCAACUAAGGGGGUUGGACUCUCCCAGUCUCCGUCCUGGUGGCUCCCUGGGGAGAGCAGGAUGGAUUUUCCUGUUGCUGAGGACACAAUUUGCUUGGGCACAGCCCUUCUUGGCUGGGCACCUCCCCGUGGCAGGAGGAGGUGUCAGGUUUGAGGAGAGCUGGGAGCUACGGACAUCUUGGCUCUGGAGUACUGUUCCAGAGAAAGAAUAAGAUAGAAAGAAAGGAUAAGAUAAAAUUAUAUUCCCUGUUUGACAAGUGAAACCUUUGCAAUAAUAACGCCUGUUACCCCACUCAGUGUCUGGCAGAACUCAGCCCCGAGAUCAGAUCCCCACCCUGCCCCAAGCUGUGGGGUUGGAGUGCAUGCUCUGCCCCGUCAUGGGCAUCCCCAAACUGUCCCUGACCCCCGGCACGGCACUGCCUGGUGAGUGCCAUCCCGAGUGGGAGAGAAGGAAUCAUCCCUUUGGAGCACAAACCUCCCCUCACCAUGCCCAGCAGUGUCCAGAGCCUGAUUGUUGAGAGAUGAAGGUGAAGCAGCUGCAGGGGCUGAGCAGGGCACAGACCUGAGAGGAGGAGCAGUUUAGAUUUGAGAUCAGCCACUCCUUCAGAGCAAUUUUGCAAACCCAGUGGUAAAUUAGUGAUGGCUAAACUGGGUUUGACUGGGAAGGGCUGCUCCAGACUGACUUUGGGUCCUCCAUCCUGUGAACUCCAGCCUCCUCUGGAGCAUCCCCUGGCAGGUUUUUAUGACCACUGGGUGCAUUUUUCAACUCCAGCAGGCUCCAACAGCCCUUCCCCUUCCACCAAAGUCCCCGUGGGAGCACAAGCAUGUGCAGAAAACCUUGGAGCUGGAGCAAGGGCUGGGUUUGUGCUGUGCAAGGAACUGGAGCAUCCGGAGAAAGUUCAUCCUUGUCUGAACCCUGAUCUCUGUCACGUGCUGCAGGUCGAGCCCUCGCUGGGGGAAGGUGACAGAGCCCAUAAAUCCACCAGAGGCCUUGAGCUGCUCGAGGAACACAUCACAAAAAAAAAAGCAAAGCAUAAGCAGUUCUGGGGACAGGAUGCUGGUGCAGGGGUGGGAGCAGGAUGUCCCAGGAGAAGCCCAUGACCAGGGGUUAGGAUGGAUACGGGGUUAUCGUGGGGCUGGCUGGGAAAGCUCUGCCAGUUCCAGGGGUCCCUGAUGGGGUAAAACCCUAAAAUAUCUCAGGGUUCUUCUGCAGGGAGGCUCCUCUGUAUCCCAGGACAUGAGCACUGAGGGAACAAUCCCAAUGAACAGAAACUCUGGGAAGGUUCCAGCCCCUCCUCAGGAUUCCCUGCUCAGCAGCAGGAACAGCAGCUCAGGCUGUUCCCCUUUCUCUAUUCCUCACACCUGUGAGCACAGAACCCCAGGGGCUGUGAGACCCCAGGCUGAGAGCUGCACUCACAGGACCCCAUCACCUUCAUUCCCUGAUCCUGAGCUUCUCUUUGCUAAUUCCCUCCCAUUUCCAAUGAAGAAAUGCAUGAUAAAUACACAACCAGCCAUUCACCAAGGCAAAAAUACAUUCAA